AUGACGGGCGCUACUACUAAACCCCAUCGCUUGGAUGGUCAAGUCGCGUUAGUGACUGGAUCGGGGCGAGGCAUUGGUGCCGCUAUCGCAGUGUAUCUGGGUAGUCUAGGCGCCAAGGUCGUUGUCAACUAUGCCAACAGCGUCAAAGAUGCGGAAAAAGUUGUUGCGCAGAUCAAGUCCGAUGGCUCAGAUGCCGUGGCUUUCAAGGCCGACAUUCGCGAUGUGAGCCAAAUCGCGAAGUUGUUUGAUGAUUCUAUUGAACAUUUUGGACGCCUAGACAUUGCUGUUAGCAACUCUGGCGUGGUUAGUUUCGGCCACCUCAAAGAUGUCACAGAAGAAGAGUUCGAUCGAGUUUUUAGUCUGAAUACUCGUGGCCAGUUUUUCGUUGCAAGAGAAGCGUACCGAGUUUUGACUCAAGGUGGACGCAUUAUUCUGACAUCGUCCAACACGGCCAAAGAUUUCAGCGUGCCGCGCCACUCUCUUUAUUCUGGCUCAAAGGGGGCAAUUGAUUCAUUCGUUCGCAUAUUCUCCAAAGACUGUGGGGACAAAAAGAUCACCGUCAAUGCUGUGGCUCCAGGAGGAACUGUCACGGACAUGUUCCACGAGGUGUCGCAUCACUACAUACCAAAUGGAGAGAGAUACACCGCCGAGCAGCGCCAGGAAAUGGCUGCCCAUGCUUCCCCUUUGCACCGAAAUGGUUUUCCAGAGGAUGUUGCUCGCGUUGUUGGCUUCCUUGCGAGCAAGGAGGGCGAAUGGGUAAAUGGUAAGGUGAUUACCUUGGAUGGUGGAGCUGCUUAA